AUGUCUGGGACCGAAAACCUGCCAAUGUUUGUGAAUGGAAAGUCUGCGCAGCCGUGCUGUUUCAAAAACGUGAAAUCACUCCCCACUACGCAUAAAGCUAACAAAAAAGCAUGGAUGACUUCUGAAAUUUUCACUGAAUGGGUACGCAAGUUAGACCCGGAUAUGACUCGAAACCAGAGAUCAGUCGUGUUAAUUGUGGACAACUGUCCCGCGCAUCCAAAGAUCAAUGGACUGAAAUCAGAUAAGCUAGUGUUUCUUCCUCCGAAUUCAACCAGCGUCACGCAACCUAUGGAUCAAGGUGUUAUAAGGAUCUUAAAAGUGCAUUACAGAAAACAAGUGAUUACAAGAAAGAUUCGCGCCUUGGAUAAUGGGACUGAUAUGUGUAUCAAUGUCUUGGACGCGUUACGCAUGUUACACCAAGCCUGGGGGUGUGUGACCCAGACAACUAUCGCGAACUGUUACCGGCGUGCGGGCUUCAAAGCUGGUGAGGAAGUGGGCAAAAACGAAAGUAGAAGUCCGGAAACCGGAAGUCGACAUAUUUAUUCAUUUAAACAGACAUUGUCAAACUAA